AUGGCUGUCAGACCGUCGACCGCUCGAAGCGAAAUCUCCUCUGCCAUCUCUGAAGAUGGUUACGGCUCCAGACCACAGUCGGGCGUCCCUCUUCCUGCGCUGCCCAACCCUCCACCUUCACAACAUGGUUACGCCCACCUUAGAGGUAUCACGCAACCCACAAACCGCUCCAUAAGGAGCAAUCCUUCUCCAGCCGCUCCUGCUGCUCCUUCCAGUACAGCGGGCUCGAGUCGGCCGCAGAGUCCGGUCUCCCAAGGCAGUCGCACUCAUGUUCCCUCAUUGACAGCACAAGGCUUCUUCAAGCCAAUGAGCUCCCAAAGAUUACAAGCACAGAGAUUGAGAAGACCUCUCGGCGCUAGGACUAUGCAGCCGCCGGCGCCGAUCCCGGAUGGUGAUGUGGACGAAGAUGCCCGAAGUGUUGCGUCCAGCAGACAAGGCCCGUUCCAUGCCAUGCCUAGAAGCCAUCGACCUGCUCCCUCGAUAACGACGGAAUAUACUCAAUCCGAAGCACCAGAUACGGCUGAUGCCGCAUCUCCCGACUUUGCCUCCCAGCACGACGGUGAUACUCAGCUCGUCAACGGGGUCGAUUCCCAAAAACCACGUCGGCCGUCUCGGCUUAACAUUGCCACCACUCUCAAGGCUGGCGAUCCGCCUCAGAAAUCACCACUCUCAUUUCGGUCUGGUUUGAGCCUAGCCAGCAAGCAUCGCCUGGAAUCUGGACAUCUGCAUUUAUCUUCGAAUGCCACUUCUCCAGGAUAUCCGCCCGAUUCUAAUACUGAUGUUGCCGUAAAGAGUGCUCUGGGCAAGAACUAUGAGUAUUUUGAGGGCAACACGAUCUUUUGGCUGGGGGGCCGAAUUCAAAAUGCUCGAGAUCGUCCCAUCAACAUUGCCACUGGCAUAUUCUUGGUUCUUCCGGCGGUCUUGUUCUUUUUCUAUUCGGCUUCCUGGUUGUGGCAUCAUGUCUCGCCCGCCGUCCCUAUAAUAUUUGCAUAUCUGUUUUUCAUUUGUUUAUCUUCUUUUCUUCAUGCUUCUCUUGUUGAUCCGGGGGUAUUUCCACGAAAUAUCCAUCCAUUUCCGCCAGAGGACAAUCGGGAUCCCUUGACUCUUGGGCCUCCCACCAAUGACUGGGUCAUGGUACGAUUGGCCACCUCGCAAACAGCCGCCAUGGAUGUACCGGUCAAGUAUUGCAAGACCUGCAACAUCUGGCGACCACCGCGGUGUUAUCAUUGCCGAGUUUGCGAUAAUUGCGUCGAGACCCUUGACCACCACUGCGUCUGGCUCAACAAUUGCGUGGGCCGACGCAACUACCGAUAUUUUUUCACCUUUGUCAGCACAGCAACCUUUUUGGGUCUUUAUUUGGCAUUUGCAUCCUUGGGCCAUGUGAUUGCCUACCGAGAUCAGAGACACGUCUCGUUCGGAGCGGCCAUAGACCACAAUCGUGUGCCUUUUGCCAUGUUUAUAUAUGGGUUGUUGGGGUUUGCGUAUCCAUUCGCAUUGUGGAUGUACCACUUGCUACUUGUCGGCAAAGGCGAGACAACUAGAGAGUACCUCGCGUCUCGAAGGUUUCCCAAGGCCGAGAGACAUCGACCAUUCACACAAGGGAACUUGAUCAAAAAUUGGAUCUCCGUUUUGGCACGACCCAAACCUCCUACUUAUCUUCACUUCAAGAAACAAUACGAAGAAGGCGACCAGCGAUUUGGGGCGCGGAGGGGAGACCGGCAAACAAAGCUGGGCAAUCAGGCCCAGAACGGGGAAAUGGAGAUGAAACCGGUACAGGGAGCGCAAAAGACCUUCGAAGGACCUGCAGGGAGGAAUUUGCCAAAGAAACUGAUCAAAUGA